UAGAGAAAUUUAGUAUUUUUAUACAGGUACUAGAUAUACAAGCCUUCUUAUGAGCCAUUUAUGUACAAAGGUACACAGGAGACAGGAGUCUAGGAGAGAGAGUUUUGGUGUGAAGUGAUCAGUGAAGUUGAAUAUCUAUCAUUUACAGUCACAGAUGUUUCCAACUGGGUUGUCUUCUGUCUAUUCAGUUUGUGGUGAUGCGGCCGGUAUUGCUGGAAACCUCUUUGCUUUUGCGCUGUUUCUGUCACCCAUACCCACAUUUAAGAGAAUCAUCAGAAACCAAUCAACAGAACAAUUUUCAGGGCUGCCUUAUAUAUACGCCUUCCUCAGCUGCUUGAUCUGCCUUUGGUAUGGCAUGCCUGUAGUGUCACCUGACAUUAUAUUGGUUGCUACAGUCAAUUCAAUUGGGGCGGUUUUCCAAUUAAUCUACAUAAUCAUCUAUAUUACAUAUGCAGACAGAGCUAAAAAGCUGAAGAUGUCAGGAUUGCUCAUAGCAGUUUCUGCCCUAUUUUUGACCGUAGUAUUUCUAAGCAUGACAUUUUUUGACUCUUAUAAGAGGCAAACUUUUGUUGGAUAUUUGAGUGUUAUUUCACUCAUUUCCAUGUUUGCUUCACCGUUGUUUAUCAUUAAAUUGGUGAUUAAGACAAGCAGUGUUGAGUUCAUGCCGUUUUACCUUUCCCUCUCAACCUUCUUAAUGAGUCUAUCGUUUUCCAUAUAUGGAGUGUUCAAGUAUGAUCCUUUCAUUUAUGUACCGAAUGGAAUUGGAACAAUUUUGGGGCUUGUUCAAUUGGUGUUAUACACCUAUUAUAGCAAUACAAUUGGAGAAGACAAAGAACCUCUAACAAAUGCACAUGCUUGAAUGGAUCCACUGGUGGAAUAUGGUGAAGCUUCACACCAAAUGUCUUCUUCUAUCUAUCUAGUGAAAAAUUGGCAACCAGAUUUAUAAAAUUAGAACGAAAUUGUUAAUACCAUGUAAACUUCAACAUUGAAAACUAUGGAUGAAAUGGGAACAAGAAAAUGGAAGACAGAUAAGGUAUGGACCACUGAAUUUUCAAGUACUAAAGAGUUCUCUCCUUUUUGUAUGUCAGAAAUUAGUAAUUGAGCAUCUGAUACUCAAUGUGCAGCUCCUUGUGCUGCUUAAAGCAGCGUAGACAAAGUCAUUUACAAAACAAUGGCUUGGCUUGGUUGGUGUAUUUGUCACACAAGGCAACUCAAUAAACUCAAUAAUGCUUCAUGUAUUAUGUUAAACAGUCACGUUUACCAUGUUGAAUACAUGUAUAUCAUCGUGACAUAUUAGGGGUGUAUAUACCAAGCCUUGAGUAUUGAUGAAUUUUAACAUUUAUAAUGAUUUUUAUUAGCUUGUUUUAAUGCCA